AGCCUGUUGCUGCCUCGCGAUGCCGGCCGAGCUGGGCGUGCAGGAGAGCCCCGAGCUCCCCCAGGAAAAGACCCGCGCCGCCUCCAGCACUUCCCCAUGUCACGAAGAGAUCCAGUAUCUCCAGCAAGUCGAGCAGAUCCUGCGCUUCGGACACAAAAAAGAAGAUCGGACCGGGACAGGGACGCUGUCCAUCUUCGGGCUGCAGGCGCGGUACAACCUCCGAGAUGGUUUUCCAUUGUUAACAACUAAAAGAGUAUUCUGGAAAGGAGUACUUGAAGAACUACUUUGGUUUAUCAAGGGUUCUACAAAUGCAAAAGAGCUUUCUGCUAAGGGAGUUAAGAUUUGGGAUGCCAAUGGUUCUCGGCAAUUCUUAGACAAACAAGGAUUUUUUAAUAGAGAGGAAGGAGACCUAGGUCCUAUUUAUGGCUUCCAGUGGAGACAUUUUGGAGCUGACUACAAAGAUAUGAACACAGAUUAUACAGGACAAGGAGUAGACCAACUACAGCAAGUAAUUGAUACAAUCAGAAACAAUCCAGAUGACAGAAGAAUUAUAAUGUGUGCCUGGAACCCUAAAGAUCUCUCUGCAAUGGCUUUACCUCCAUGUCAUGUUCUCUGCCAGUUUUACAUUUUAAAUGGUGAACUCUCUUGUCAGUUGUAUCAGCGUUCUGCAGACAUGGGACUGGGUGUACCUUUCAACAUAGCUAGUUACUCACUUCUUACUUCAAUGAUUGCCCAUGUUACAGGCCUGAAGCCUGGUGAAUUCAUACAUACAUUAGGGGAUGCUCAUAUAUAUUUAAACCAUAUUGAACCCUUGAAAAUACAGCUUCAGAGACAACCAAGACCUUUCCCUAAGCUCAAAAUUCUUCGUAAAGUUGAAAACAUCAAUGACUUCAGAGCAGAUGACUUUGAGAUAGAAGACUAUCAUCCACACCCAGCCAUUAAAAUGGAAAUGGCUGUCUGAUUAACUUUUUCUGCAACUGUUUUAAUGUUCAGCCUGGAGUUAAUGCAUUUAAACAUUGUUUGUAUUCACAUCACUCAAAAGGUCAAAAGCAGUUUUUUUUUUAAAAAAAUGUUCCAUUUUCAUAUGAAGCUUGAAUUUGAAGUAGACUGUUAUAUAUGUAUCAUGUACAGAGAAUAUAAAGGGUUUCUGUAGUUUGGAAUUAUGUAAUAAAUCAUAUGUGUUGUAAUAAAUGUUAGCUGAAACCUUAAGGGAAAGAUGUACUGCAUCACUCAUUUUUCAAGUUAACCUGGCAAAGUUCCAG